CAGGUGAAUCUGAUUAGUGCUUAUCUGGACCGAGGUGAUUUGGUGGACCCCCCUGCAGCAGUCCACCACUUGGUUUUCAGCACUGACCAGACCAACUCCAAAAUGCGCGCCUUCCUGUCCCUGCUCGCCGUCUUCGCCUUGGCGUGUGCCUCGGCCCAGGCUGACCUCGUGGUGAACGACCUCGUGGACGCGGUGCUCAAGCGCCUGUCCAACAACGAGAAAAUCACCAGCCUGCCCGACCUCGAGGAGGACGCCUCCGUGAAGGUGCUCUUCUGGAACACGCCCGUCAAGAUCGAGGCCGACGACGGCGCCCCCGUCGGCGGCGUGACCCUGAAGCGCUUCGGCAACGCCACCCUGGAGAUCGACGAAGUCGGCAACCUGGCGCUCUUGUUGGAGGUCGGCAUCGACGAGGCCGAGCUAACUUACGAGUACAAGACUGAGGUGGCCAGCGUGAAGGGCCCCGGCGGCCGCUUCACCGCCACCGUCGGCGCCACCAGCGUGCAGGGCAAGAUCGCCUUCAUCUUCACCGACUACACGUGCGACGUGAUGCCCGUCGACGUCAAGGUCGCCAAGCUGGGCGACAUCACGGUGGAGAAGGGCGGCAGCAACGACGUCGUCAACACCGUCUACCGCAAGUUCCUGGUCGACAUGCUGGCCACGAAGAGGCAGAGCGUCCUGCAGAAGGCCAUCGACGCCGCCAACGCUAGCUUCGGCUACGACUGCAGCAAAAUCCUGCCCUCCAUCUUGGCCGCCAGCAAGCCCGCCGGCAAGGCCGCCAGCGCCACCUCCGCCUAAGUGCCGUCUGCUCGACUUCGCCGAUGUGUAAUAUCCUUCGGUGUGACGCCACUGGACUUCAUGAACAAUCCCCAGUCCAAAUAAUGUCCACGACGUGUCCCCGAGGACCCUUAGCUGCGGAAGACCGAACGAGGUGGGAAUCAAUCGCCUUCGUGGAUCAGAAUAGUAGUUCUUAAAGAAAUAUCGGACUAGACCACAAUACACAGCUAAUAAUUCCUCGAA